AUGGAUAAAAAAGUUUUGUUGAAAAAAGUAUCAAAAAAAUCAGGUGUUAAGCUUCCACCUAUAGAAGAUCAAAAUGACAAUCAAAUUAAGACAAUUAUUGAUGUUGACCCAGAUUUUUAUACUUUAGUUGAUGGACGACUGAUACGACCUGAUACUUCAAUUCGUAAGUACAAGAAACAUAUUAAAGAAGUCGCUUUGAAAAGAACAUUUCAUGGUUUUCUUGUAGAUGAGAUAUUGAGGAUAGAUAGAGAUAUAAAAACUGAAAGAAAAAUAUACGAAACAGCUUCGAAACAUUUUAGUGAAUGUCAAGAAAGUUUUAAUAAAUUUUUAGCAGAUGAUAACAAUAGUACUAUUGCUGUGAUGAGAAAGUCUGAUCAUUUGGAUAAAGAGUUAGCAAAUCAAAUAGAAGAACACAAAAAGGCGAAUUAUGAAUUAGCAUCUCUCAGAUCUAAGUUGCAAUACAUUGACGAGACGUUGCAAAUUUUGAUUUCAUUUCAAAAUUUUUUAUACAAUGCUGCACCAGUGUUAUGGCAAGAUAAGAAUAAAUUGUGUUCAGUUGAGGGUAAUUUGGACAUUUGCACUUUAGAUUCCGAUAUAUUUUGUGAAGUAAAAGUGGAUUUAGUGAAAAAAAAAUUAAAGGAACUGCCUCCAGCUCUCUUGUAUUUCGAAAAUCCACGACAAAUUCUAAGUAUUUUUCAAUCAUUGGAACAGCAGAACUUGAAUUACCUUUUAAAAACAGUAGACCUCCGAUCUGAAAAGAACAGAUUUUUAAAGUCCGUCACUCUUCUUGAAGGUUUACUUAAAAUGGAAUUAGAUUUCAUACAAGAACAGAUGCAUUCCGUUCAAAAAACUAUAGAAGAGGAUGAAGAGAGAGAAAAAGAACUAAAACAAGGAUUCUUUAAGAUAUUAAAUGACAAGAUCAAAUAUUUGGUAUGUUCCGAAAGUGUAUUACAAAUUUCUAAUUACGUAGAGUUUGCUUAUGAACAAUUGAUUGGUCCAAACGAGACUCAACUGAGCACUUUGGACCAGGUUCUAGCUUUAGAGCAAGAAUAUAACUUCGUUAUGUUGGAACUGUCUUCCUUCGAUUUAAAUGAUGUAAAAUCUAUAGAAAAAAUAAUCUACGAAGACGGAGAGAGAGAAAUAAAACAAGCGAAAGAAGCUGCUAAGAUAUUAAAAGAUGUUGAUAAGUUGACUAAAAGAUUGAAAAUAUCCUAUAACCUUAAGGAUAAUUUGUAA